AUGCCAUCGACGUCGCGGUCGAGGGGCUCCGGGCGCGGGCCGGACGGCGCGCCACGGCCCCAAGUCAUAGCGCCCAUGUCGGAGCGGCAGCAACUAGCCCUCGUGAUGCAGAUUUCAUCACAAGAUGCUCCUCCAGCCGCUCCGACCCCAGCAGAAGAACGAAAACGCACUAGGCAGCAGCGCAAUGAGCGCGGUGAGACACCUUUGCAUGUAGCAGCUAUCCGAGGCGACCACGAUCAAGUAAAGAAAUUGCUAGACCAAGGACAAGAUCCGGAUGUUCCAGAUUUUGCUGGGUGGACACCACUUCAUGAAGCUUGCAGUUAUGGGUGGUAUCAAGUUGUAGUGGUACUUGUAAAUGGUGGUGCUAAUGUCAAUGCAAAAGGUUUAGAUGAUGAUACUCCUUUACAUGAUGCCACAACUUCUGGUAAUCUCAAAAUGGUCAAAUUCCUCAUUGAACAUGGAGCCGAUCCAUUUGUCAAGAACACCAAAGGGAAAAUGCCAUCAGAUUAUGCUGCACCACACAUCUUUGAAUAUCUGCAAUCUUUAAAAGAUAAUAACGCGAGAGCAACACACGUCAGUCGGGCAAGGGAUGACAGCAUCAAAAAGGGUUGCAAUGCCAGUGGUAACAGCGAUUGCAGUAAGCGGAACAACAUGGAGACCCUAGCCCAGGGGGAACAUUUCGAUGGCAAGGACAUCACCACACAGGAAAAAGGGGGUGCCGCCGAGUCCAGAGACGAUGGAUCUCAGCUAAGUAGCUCUGUGGUAUCAUCGACUCAAGACGACAGCAUUAAGAGACCGCACGAAGAUAGUGCAGAUAAUGAAGCGGCUGAAGACGAUGUUUCAAAACGGAAGAAACGUAAGGACAAUGAAGAGAAAGAGCCAAUGGGCAAGCCGGCUCCGGUGGCGCGAGGAGGACCUGGACGUGUCUUAACUGGCAGUAAGCCACCAGGGCCUGCAAGUAAGACAGGUGCUGUACCAUUAGGAAAGAGUGGAAGUGGACAGAAUGUCAGCAAAGGUGGUGCUGGCUCUUCUGGCAAGGGUAACUUACAAGCACAGGGGAAAGGAGGCAGUGGAGGAUCAAAGGGCAAUGCGCAAGGGUCACAUCAGGGGAAAUCUGGAGGCGGGAAGGGUAGUUCUCUGCAAGUAAGCAAGCAGGACCGGAAAAGCCCAGUUGCUAGUCCAAAGCCGAACCAGAAUAAAGAUAAUGAUGGUGACGAUGAGCCAAAGACCCAUGAGACGGCACCUAAGGUCCCGCCGCUGAAGAUCGUCAUACCAGGUGGUGCAGGAGGCUCUGGCAGUAGAAACGAGCAAGAAGGCGAAGGGGCACGAGGUAGCGGUAAAGGACGCGGUAACGCAUCAACGCUGCCCUACGUGAUACCGUGCACGAGCACAGACACGGGUCAAACAUCAGAUAGCUCAGACGGCACCUCCGACGACAAGAGAGGCGAAGGUGGAAAGGCUGGACAGAGAGUCCUCCGUUCUCAUAGGACAAAUGACGGGGAUAAAGAUAAGGAGAGGACAUCCCCUCAGACAGGGAAUGACAGCCGCUCCGGGGCGGGACAGGCUCAAGCUAAUUUAAAUUCGAACAAAAGUCCUACACCUUCGGGCUCUGGGCAAGAUCAUGAGCAUUCCUCAAACUCUGGAAGAUCUGAAUCUAACUCGGGCCAUGUCGAGUUGCAUCCCAGGAAAAGAAAGAUUAAGGCUUCAAAAGAUGGUCACUCUCGAGAUCAAUCAAAAAAUGAGCAAAAUCACGAGUCUACUGCAAGCCAUAAUAUUACGCACUCUAAUCCUUAUCAGAUGUAUAUCCACAUAAGAAAACAGAUCGAUCGGCGACAAAGAAGUCUAUUUCCGGUGAAACCAAAACCUCCAAAAGAUUUUAACAAAUAUUUAAUGAAUAGGUGUACCUACACUCUUCAGAGUAAUGUAAACCCUGAUCCACAGGUGGAAAUUCCACACAAUUUACCUACGCAGAUGAUAAACGAGUUUAUGGCCCAAGAAAAGGAGAGAACAAGAUUACGGAUUCAACAUCUUAUUGAAAAGGAAAAGUUGGUAUUGGCUGUUGAACAAGAAAUAUUACGAGUACACGGGCGCGCUGAGCGUGCAGUGGCAAACCAGUCUCUACCGUUCUCCGUGUGUACGAUACUUCGAGACAAAGAAGUCUACAAUGUGUUAGCUCCAGAUCAGGAAGAGAAACGCAAUGCGCAGCGCUCCCGCUGUAACGGCAGGCAAAUAAACUCGUGGCUUCAAGAAGUAGACGAUAAAUGGGAAAAAAUAAAGGAGGGAAUGCUUCGACGUCAACACACGGAAGCUCAAACUCUGCAUGCUGUGCAAAUAAUGGGAUGGGAGUGGAAAUUAAAAGAAUGUGGUAUUUGUGAUUACAAAACCACGCCCAAGAUUGAUCCGGUACACGUUCCGCAGAUACACGUGUCAAAUUUUGACUUGCCCGCUUGA